AUGGCACCUAAAUCUACUACCUUGACCACAAAGGUCGAGAGUGGUUCUCCAUAUCAACUUAAUCAUGAUCAGGUAUUGAAAGCAUCCACUGCACUACUCAAACACAUCUCUACCAGCGAGGCCGAAAAAGCCAAAAAGGGAGGAGCUCAGAAUCUCCUCGCCGAAAACGACGACGACGACGCAGAAUCCACACCCAUCUGGCUCACCCUCACCACCAAGAAACACAUCAGCGACAAAACCAAGCUCAAGCCCGCCAAAGUAACCGUCCCCCACUCCCUCAACACCUCGACCACCACGACCAUCUGUCUCAUCGUCGCCGACCCCCAACGCACCUACAAAGACAUCGUCGCCUCGGCCGCCUUCCCCGCCGAACUCUCCAAGCGCAUCACCAAAGUCGUCGGCGUCGACAAACUCAAGAAGAAAUACAAGCAAUACGAAGCCCAGCGCAAACUCUUCGCCGAGCACGACCUCUUCCUCGCCGACGAUCGCGUCAUCACGCUCUUGCCCAAAUUGCUCGGAAAAUCCUUCUACAAAUCUACCACCAAGCGUCCCAUCCCCGUCGCCAUCCAAGCAGAACGUUCCAAGGCCGACGGCAAGAGAAUCGCGCGCGCCAAGGGCGAAGAUGCACCGAAAUCUGCUGAACCUAAGAAAAUCGCAGCGGAGAUCGAAAAGGCGAUUUCGAGCGCAUUGGUUACGUUGAGCAGCUCGACAAACUCGGCGAUCCGCAUCGGAUACGCGAGCUGGGAUGCGGCGAAGCUAGCGGAGAACUUGGAGGUGGUGGUCGAUACGGUGAUUGAGAAGUAUGUUCCUAAGAAAUGGAGAGGCGUGCGUGCAAUUCAUGUCAAGGGACCAGAGACCAUGGCGCUCCCCAUCUGGUUGGCGGAUGAGUUGUGGGUGGAGGAGGAAGAUGUGUUGGAUGAGAGUGUGGUCAAGGAGAUUGAAGAGAGGGUUUCGGAGAAGAAAAACAAGAAGAGGAAGAGUAGGGGUAUGGACGCUAGCGAGCUCGAAGGAGGAGAGGAGAAGAAACAAAAGUUGUUGGAGAGUAAUGAUGAUAAGUUGGACCAGGAGAUUGCGCUUCGAAAGGAAAUGUUGAAGAAGCAGAAGGAGGAUGCGGCAAAGGAAUUGGAUGCUGUGCCUGUCGUGGUGAAGAAGACUAAGAAGACUAAAAAGGUUGCUGCUUAG